GAGUAGCAUUAUUUAUUUGUCUCGCUUCAACUGCUUUGGAAAUGAGAAAAAGCUAUUUUGAGUGUAAUAUCUACUUGGCAUUUUAAAAAGUGUCUUUUCUUGCCAGUUUUCUUCUUGGUUCCCCUAGAAAUACUUUUCAGCUGGGCUGCUUCUGCUGUUGUGUAUCUUGUGAGAUGUCUUCAAGCCCGCACUGUGCGAUGGGUGGAUGGCUGCAUGGCUGAUGGGGGAUUCGCUCCCCUGGGCAGGCAAGUCCUGCCAACUCUUCAGUUAGAAAACUUAAGGUUUUAAUAUACAUUCUAUCUUCUAGUCCCAGUUUGGCCUCUUCUUUUGGAAGAUGUUUCUUCGGAGCAAGGAAUGAUAUACUGUGAUUUAGGUUUGGGUUUUUUUUUGAUUUAAAAAAGAGUUUACACAUUUUAUGAUAGUUAAUUAAAAAGACUGCAUCUAAUUCAGACUUCUCCUCUUAGUUCCUAUCUCAAUUUUCUUAGUACGCCUGCCUAAAUAACUGGAUGAAACUGUGUAAGAAUUACACAGGUAGGAUGAAGCCCAUCUAAAGCUAGAACAUGAUUCACAUCUCCUGACAUGCCAAUUAAAAUCUCACUGCAGACUGAUUAUUCCUGGGUGUUCAAGUGACCGCAUGCUUGCUUUAAAUCCCUUGGAGGGCAGUUGGUCCUACUGGCUGAUUAUGUUACUUCAGUUUCAACACGCACAUUAGCUUUCUUUUUGUGCUUAUUUAACUGUACCUUGGAAAUAGCCUCCUAAAGAUAUAAUCAAUAAAUGAGCACAAGAUGGCUGCUGCACUGGACACACUUAAAAUGCUGUUAUGUAUUUGAAAUCUAAAAUUAUUUAUUUCAAAUCAAAGAAAAUAGAAAGAAAAAGAAAAUCAGAAUCCCUAAGGGGAAACUAGUGCAUGUUGAAGUCUCUUGUCAUGGCCUAUUUUAUUUAUAAAUAUAAAAAAUGUUAAAACUAUUUAUGUUCUAGAGCUAUGGCUGGUCCAGUGUUCUUUGUCGUUCUCCCACAAUGUGACAAUAAUCCGAAAAGUAUGUUUCCAUGUGGAUACCACGAGGUUUCAGGUGCGUUAUAUUAUAAAUGUGUAUCUGGAAAUAAAGUGCCAAUCUCUGCUCCUCAGAUUCCCUGGGAGCUGGCGGAGCUCCAGCUCCACAAAUUAACGCUCAGAAGAGGCUGUUUGUAGGGCACAAGUCUCUGCAAUUUGUAGUGUCAAUUUGAUUUUUUUUUUUUUAUAAUUAACACUUCUUAAAGUGUGUCAGCAGAGUGCCAAAAAGACAAGAAAUGAUUAGCUAAAACAUUUUAUUGCAGCAUAUGACGCUGUUCCAUAUAUCAUGGGAACAUGGCACUUAGGUACAGCAAUGUUGUGUGGUUUUUUCUUACUAUUGUUCGUUUUGUGGCCAACAGCAAUUUAAAAUACUCUAAAUAGCAGUUCCUGUCAGGAGACCUGCUCUGUGUGGGGUCCCCUCCUCCGGCCGCAUUUCCUUCAGCAAUUAUCCACCAUGGGAUCUCCCCGCUCUGACCUGGGUGCUCGCAGGGCUGAUCCUCACACUUUUCCUCACUCCCUGUGCUGUUCUGCCCUUUCUUUAAAUGUAAUACCCCAGGGGUGUCUCCGCCGUUGGAACUGGCGGGAACUGGCCGUGUCCGGUGUGGGGCAGCCCCGGCCUCUCCUCACGGAUCAGCCCCCCGCCAGCUCCUCACCUCGUAAACCCAAACCCCACAAAAAUAGACAUUUCUAUGUAGAUGUUCCAGCACUUCUACAUGGAUGUGAAUCUAUAUCACAGGAAAAGGAGACCUUGACAAAGUAAUGAUUGUGACAAGAACGAAGUAAGUCCUUUUGACCUUCAUCAUCCCCAGUUGCACCACCGAGGUCAGUCCAACACGUUGUGAGGAAAAUUAAUUUUGUUCAUUUUUUUCUGCAUAUGAACUACUUGGUUUUUAGUAGUUUUGGGUUUUGGUUACAGGGCUGCGAUUUUUAGAAGGAGUUUUCCAGAGGGUAUCUGCUUCUCCUCGAGGGGCAGGAAGAGGUUUAAAGAUGUAGAGGCCCCACACACUGGCGUCCAUGUAGUAAAGGGACAAGAUAUGAAACUUUCACCAGAGUUUUCCAGUGGUAUGUUUGAAUAACUUUGCAGUUGUACCGUAUUACUGGAGAAGAGAGUACACAAUAAGGGAAAAGGAGGAAUAAUCAUCUUCUGUCAAUGUCAAUAAGAGUGACUGGGUCAAAAGCUGUGAAGAAUGGAGUUUCCAGAGCAGAAAUACUGAAGUUUCAGCCUAGUUCACAGUGUUUUCUUUUCCCAGCCUGAAGAAUUCCAUCAUAAUUGCCUUUGCUUGUAGCUACACCUGUCAAGAGAUGACACUGUUAUGCAUUAAACUCAGUAGGUGUGACGGCAGUGUGUUUUGCGUGGCCAGAAUGGAGGUGGCAUGUGUCCAUGUGAGCACAGAAAAGAAACCAUGGAUUAUUGCGCUGUUGAGGGAAUAGCUUUCAUGUGAACUCAAAACUUACAUCUGCACAGAUCUCCAUCCACGUUGGAAAACUGCUCAGCCAGGUCUCAGGUAUGAUUUCUCUUGUUUGCCUGGCAGGGGAACAUGAAGGGAAAAUGGAAGAAGAGUUUCUUCAGGGUUAUGAGGUAAUAGUCUGACGGAGGAUGUAGAGAAGGCUUUGAUAUAUCUAUUUAUGUAUACAGAGGCAAUAUACAAAGGAAAAUGUAAAGAGUAUGAGCAGCGAUUGCUCGAGUGUGGUUGAUGUUACAGAACGAUUCAGGAUGCGUAUCCAUGGGAGGCAUUUGUUCAUCUGCUCAUGAAAUCUGUUGUUUCAUCUUAAUAUAGAGGAGUUCUCAGAUCACCUCCCUCUAUAAUUAGAAAAACCACAUUGAGUGUAAACCCAAUUGACUGCCCUUCCUGGGCCCCUUUAAAAAUACCAGAGAACUGCUUUUAAUGCCUCUGUUUAUUUUGGUACAGUAUCCAGACUGCUGGAAAUAUGUUUAUAGCACAGUCUAAUGAGCUGAGGCUCCUCUCUAAGAUUCCAGUGCCUCAUGGCUGGAUAGAAAAAGCUGAUGCUCUCUAAAUAUGUAUUUAUGUCAGACUGGCUUGCACUACAGUUAAUGCCAUGAGAAACUGCCUAUUUAAUGCCACCUAAGCUAAGCUUGAGCGGGAGUUGUUCCUCAGCAUAUCCUAGUUACUGUGGCAUUCAUUUACUUGUGCGGUAGUCAGAUUUAUCAACACCAGGUCUGUGCUGUGAACAUCACCAUUUAUAUUAGGUCCUCUGUAUUUAAGCUUGAUGACUUCAUGGGAAACCAUUUUAAUUUGCCGACUACCUGUGAAGCACGCAUUCCAGGUCAACUUUGAAAUCUGGUUAAUGUUUUAGAAACCCAGGUAUAUGAGAAUAGUGUUAUUUACAUUGGACUGGAGUUAUAACUCUGCUGUGAGCGCCUGGAGCAGAUUUAAGUGAGGUAUAAGCUGCUCUUCAGCAUGCUGACAGGCUUUCUACCCACUCAAAUGCAGUGGUUUUAAUCUCUUAUUCUUCACGCUUUGUCUUUUCCGAAAGGAAGUGCAUUUCACCUGAUGCACAAUGGCUUCAUUAACUGGAAGAGAGUUUUGGAAAGUGCACUUUUUGAUGGAAAUGUCUUCCAUAGCAGGGAGAAAGAUAUUGAAGCCAAAAAUAAAAUAAAAGUUUAUUGUGAAAUGCAAGAAUUAUGCUUAACAUUGAACAGAAAAUCUUGAUAGUGAAGGAUUGGAGUCAUUUGGGUCAAACUUGCUGCUCAAAGUCACAGGGGGUUCCCAAAUGGUUUAAAAAGCCAGUUUGCCACAUCUACUCCCACUGCAUGUGUGAAUAUCGCCCUGCCUCAAGUUACUCGUGGCUUGCAAGGAGUUGGUGCUCACUCUCCCUUUUCUAUCCAGGCUCAGACCAUUGGACUUGUCAGCUCUUUCUCCCUGAAAUGGGGUGAUACGGAAAAGCUGGCAUUCUCUUCCCAUGCUCUAAAUCUACAAACCCCCUGCAGAAGCUUUAUUGCAGUGGAUAGAUGCUGGUGGUGCAUUUAGUGUAGACAGAGCAUGGAAAUGUUUGCUUCAGUGCACGUUGGAAGGAACUGAAUGGCAAGGUUUUCCACUGUGCCCCUGAAAAGUGCCUAUUUUAUGUUCACUUUUAAAUCGCAUGCAGUCAAAAAGCUAAUAUUAGUAAUGAACUCUUAAGGUUGGAUGGAGAAGAGAAUUGAUUUGGGGUAUAGAAUAACCUUUCUGUCAGUGUGUUGGCCAGCCCUGCUUAAUAUGAUUAGUAGUUAAAUGCUUCUGAAUGUCAACAGAAUUUAGGCACUCUAAAUUAUUUACAGGUGUUUGAAAACACUAUUCUCAUACAAUGACAGCAUUUUAAGGAACUACUUUUUUGAAUUGUAGCUGGAACCAAUAUCUGCUGAAGCAGUAGCUCUUUCAGUACAUGGGGGAGCUGUUGCCAGGAAUAUAUUGAAUAUUUGAAGUCCAAAUUGGAUGUAGCAAGUCUAGUUGGCUCAUUCAAUAACUUGUUAGCAAAGCAUAAAAAUCCUGCUGGAGCAAACUCAUCCUUUGCUUUCGAAGAACAUUCCUGUUUUUAUUGAAGCAGUUUUGGUUUUUUGCACAGGGAAUGUCCUUGUGUGUGUGUACUAGCGGCCUUUAAUAGCCACUGUCUGGUUGGGGCUUUACAGUGAUCAGCUGUACAGUGCAAAGGGCUUGUCUUCCAUAUUCGACUCCUUACUUGCCUUUUUACAUGCUGAAAUUACUUAGAGAGCAGCAGCUUCUCCGAGGCACAGGCCGAUGGCCGGGCACACCUGCUGGAAGGGAGGGCAGCACUGCGGACAGAUGACUCAUCGGCACCUGAAAAUUAUUCUAUUAUAAGCAGAAAUUGCAGCUUCCUGAAGCAGCCAGACGUGACCCUUGUGUACCCAGCUCCACUUCAGGCAUCUGGCCUUUUUUGAGCACCUGGCAAUUGUCAAGGCUGCUGUCUCAUCCUGGGAUGCCUUGAACUAUCCCUGCUGUUCACUGAAGUGGUUUUUACUUACACAGGGCAAACUUGCAUAGGAGGGAGGAGGAGUGAGAGAUGAUCAAAAGAGUCAGAAUUACAGAGACCUUCCUCACCCAAGAGGGGCAGAGUUAGGAAUGAGAAUUCAAGAUCCAGCAAGAAGCAUCCAGAGGAGCCUGCAGAAGCAACCACCUGAAACAGUCCUCUCAGCACUUUCCACCUGCAGCCUCGUGUACCUUAUCGCCGAAUCACUGCAUUUGGGCUUCCUCCUGGCACUAAGUUGUGCUUAUUGUUAAACAUUUUCCCAUCGGUUUUUGACUCCACACUGAAUUUCUCCUGGACCCUGAAACCGAUGAAUAGUUCUGCAGGAAAGUGACCCAAGUGAAGCAGAAAACAAUUUGAAGAGCCCUCUCCAUGGAGCUGCCAGAUCUGGAAGCCUCCUUUCAGUUGUCUGCUCAGGUGCCCCUGGUUGACAAAAGCCAUCUCCCCAGCCAUCCCAGUGUACAAUGGGCUCGUGUUCUUGUUUGUACUGGCAAACUUCAGCAUGGCAACUUUCAUGGACCCUGGAGUUUUCCCACGAGCAGAUGAAGAUGAAGAUAAAGAUGACGACUUCCGAGCUCCACUCUACAAGAAUGUGGAGAUUAAAGGAAUCCAAGUACGGAUGAAAUGGUGUGCAACCUGCCACUUCUACCGUCCUCCGCGCUGCUCUCACUGCAGCGUCUGUGACAACUGUGUUGAGGAUUUUGACCAUCACUGCCCAUGGGUCAACAAUUGCAUAGGACGGAGGAACUACCGCUAUUUUUUUCUCUUCUUGCUGUCCUUAAGUACGCACAUGGUUGGAGUGUUCACCUUUGGACUCAUCUUCAUAUUAAACCAUAUGGAGAAGCUGGGAGCAGCUCAUACCACCAUUACAAUGGCUGUCAUGUGCGUGGCUGGGUUAUUCUUUAUUCCAGUCAUUGGUCUCACUGGCUUCCAUAUUGUGCUAGUGGCCCGAGGGCGCACAACAAAUGAACAGGUGACAGGUAAAUUCCGUGGGGGAGUGAAUCCUUUUACCCGAGGAUGCUGUGGAAAUGUGGAACAUGUGCUCUGCAGCCCCUUGGCUCCCAGGUACAUAGUUGAGCCCAAGAAAAAGCAAGCGGUGAGUGUGAAGCCUCCUUUCCUCAGACCUGAUUUGUCUGAGCGACAGAUCACAGUGAAGAUCAGUGACAACGGAAUCCAAGCCAACCUCAACCGGAGCAAGUCUAAAAUUAGCCUGGAAGGUCUGGAGGAUAAAGGUAUGGAUGUGCAACCACCUCUGCCACCCAAAGGAGAUCCAAGCAAGUACUCUGAGCUAAAAGGGCAGCUGGGCACCAGUGAAGAAGGUGGCCUUUCUCCCAAACUGAUCAGCCCUCCUACACCUGCCAUGUACAAGUAUCGACCAGCUUUCAGCAACAAUCCCAAAGUCCACUACCAUGCUACAGCUGAGCAGAUCACCAUGCAGGAGGGACAUAGUCAAGGGGCUCUGAUAGAAGAGGAUGGCAGGAGCCUUGAUUACCAGUCCGAACCCAGCUUGGACAUCCCCAGCUACCGGAAGAGCUCCCUCCACAAGACCUAUCAGUCUUCCCCACUCCAGAUAGAUUCCUUUGCCAUCAAUUCACGAUCCCUGAGCCUGAAAUCUGCUGGCAGGAGAGGGACAGACAAAGUGCCCCUUCAUCCAAUAAAAUCUGAAGGGGCGGCUUCUACCCCUUACAAAAGCAUCUUUUCUCCCAACUCCCUGUCAAACAGAAAUGGGAGUCUUUCAUAUGACAGUUUGCUAAACCCCAUGUCGCCCUCGGGGAGGAAGUGCAUCGCCCAUUCUGCGGUCAGCUCCGUUGGGUACCACUCCCCGUAUCUAUCAGCCAAAAUGUGCCACCUGCGGGGGAGCGAGCUGCAACGCCAACCACCGCAGAGCUUCAGCCCAGUCCUGGGGAGUCCAGCUGCACAUCAGCGAGACCCCUCCCCAGUCCGCUAUGAUAACCUUUCCAAAACCAUUAUGGCAUCCAUCCAGGAGAGGAAAGAGAUGGAGGAGAGGGAGAAGCUCCUCCACUCACACCCCGAUUCAGUGUUUGCAGACUCAGGUGUCUACGACACCCCUAGCUCUUACAGCCUUCAGCAAGUCAGCACGCUCUCUGAAGAUCCACGCAGCAUGGCAAUGAGGUAUGGAUCUAGAGACAAUCUGAUGGCUGCUACCAGUUUUAGCACAAGGAACCCUGUACUGCAGUCCUCAGUGUCUUCACUCUCAAGUGCAAUGACAAGAGCACCAAGGACUUCCACAACCUCUCUGCAAGCUGAUUUAGCCAAUAAUAAUGUCCAGUCCCAUCAAGCACUACAGGGCAGGGUGAGCAAUGGCUCCUACAAAUCUCCAGGCCACCAGGUCCCGUCGUCCCCGACAGGGAUGCCUAGGUCACCUUCUUAUGGAGGCCCGAAGGCUGUCUCGUUUGUAAACACUGUGGAAAUUACAGAGGUGCAGUCGGUGGGAGCACAAAGGGAUGACAUACAGCUGAAGACACCGCACAGUAAAAUAAAUGGACAGCCCAAAGGAAUAUCCAGGUUGGGUUCAUCAUCAAGUUCCCAGGGGACACCUGUCAGCCCUGCUAGACACUCAAAUGUUAAGAAGGUGUCUGGAGUUGGUGGAACAACCUAUGAAAUUUCAGUGUAAAAUAAAAUUAAUUAAAGAUAAAGAGCCAUCCACUCAGCCAGCCAUGAAGCUAGGAGCACUGUGAAGACUCAAAUAACAACAAAGAAGGAGCAGCAGCAGCCGGCCACUCUCCUUUUCUUGUUUUGAGUUUGUUCUGUUUUCAUCUUUCUCUUUUGGCCAAAAACCAGCUGCAGCCUUAUUCUUGAGGGAAUAAAAUUGUAUAGUCCACCAGACUCUUCCUGAACUGACAGGUGGGAACUGGCUGCAACCUAACACCACAACCACCGACCAGAUUUCUUUCAUGCAAGAGAGCGCUAAAGCCAUUGUGCGUGUGUCUGUCCAACAAACCUGUUGUGUACCAGUUGUGAUGUGAAAAAGUACAGUCAGUCCUGGAUCAUCCAUUUUUUCCAGUUCUUCUGGCCAGCGAUGUGUCCGGCAGGAGUCGGAGGCCCAACUGCUGUUUUCCUACCAACGUGGAAAGCCAGCUGCCCGUGCGGCCAGUCUGCGUGUGCAAGAACUGCUCCCUGUCUCCCAGGCCUCGUGUUCCUCCUCCAGGGAAGGAGCAAGACCAGGGCACCUGGGCAAUGAACGCCGUGUUGUCUUUAAAAACCUCCUGGCUCCCGGAUAGGGGCAGGAGAAAGGAUAGUAACAGCUUCUCACUGUCUGCCAUUCGCCUCCCUGUGUGUGAAACUGUGUGUGAGUGUGUGCGUGUGCUCGUCUCUCGUGGAAAAGGACUGCAGCACCAGUAAGGGUCUUCCACCGACCUCUUGCUCCCUCUGGUUUUUAAAGGCUUCUCUGACUCGGAAACAAAACCAAGCUGAUAAGAAAGAAAUGUUUGGAUGGGAACGUAUUUUAAACAGCCGUGAGCUGCUUUCCCUGCACCCUCCUUGUUACCUGUUGGAUUUAGGCAAUAACGUGGUUUACUGCCUUGCCCUGGUGCCAUCUGUGUAAUCCUGCAGCAAGGUUAUCAUGAUCUGUUGAAUUUGCAGUGUGUGUAACUGAGCCAAGCGUACAUCUAAAGGAUAUAAAUUUUCUGUCUGCCUAAUUACUAGCACAUUCCCUCUGGUCUUCAAUACUGUUAGACAACGGAUUUUCCAUUUGGAUUUUUUUCCCUCGGGGAACAACUUUUUAAAAUAAUAUCAGUCAAAUCUAUUUAACAUUCUGAGGUUUCCUUUUCCUCUCUUCAGAAAACUACAUUUGCUUUGUUGGAUUUAAAGACAACUUUACUAUAAAAACCAAGAAAGGGGUGCAUUACUUUUGUCACAAAUACGAGGACUUUGGCAAAAAUAAUUUUGGGACAAAUGGAAUUAUUUUCUCCAUUUCUUAUCUCCUUUGGCUUCCCAUCCAGUUACCACCUCAGAAGUCAGAAGUAUCUGGAUCAGUGCUAACUAGCCAGAUCAUUUAUGCAAUUAAGAAUAUCCUGAGCGACUGCUGCCAAAAUCACUAAAAGUCAUUACUUGUCACUGAGCCAGUCAGUGUACGAAACCUCUGCUUCCCACCUGGUUCUCCGGGUGAAUAGUUUUGACUGGAGAGCUAAAUUCAUCAUUUUCAGGAUAUUUGUUUCAAGGGGUUGAAUCCUUUUCAGCCCUUGACUAUAAUGGAGAACUCUCCAGAUAUUUGGUAGCAAUUCAGAAUGUGGUGAUAACAUCUUACUUGUUUUCAUGUAUGUUAAGAUUCAUUAUUCCAGAAGCCAAAUAUUGACUUCAGUUUUGCCUGGUUAAAAUUUAUAUUUUGAUUUGAUAAAUCUUGACAUCUGCUGCAAUACAUGCUUAUUAUGUCCCUUGUAUAUCACGUCAUUUUUAGAGGGGAAGGUUGAAGAGAACGUAAGAAAGUUAAUAAUCUCUCUGUGUAAUGCUCCAUGUUGCCUGAAGGGAGAAACCUGGAAAGCGAUGCAGCUGCGCUAGGCCAAAGUGUGCAUUUUAUUGCCUUGCUGAUACUUCAAAUGCCUACUGUAGGGACAUUGCAGAGCAGAGAAGCAAUAGUCUUUCUAUGCAGAUUUGCUCACUGGCAUGCAGAAUAUUGUCUUUAGUUGGAGGCACCAAGGUACCAGAAAGAUGCUGGCAAACUGGAGCGGGUACAGACGGAGCAAUAUUUUAUAUAUCAAAAGACUGGACGGGCUGGCUGAUGAGAAGAUUUAAAGGGCUAGAAACGUGUUACUGGCUAAGCAAUGAAGUGGAAACUAAGUAUCAUAAUUUUACAAAUGCAUUAGUUGAAAGAUGUAAAACCAAAGGGUAAAUCAGAGGGUUGUGACUGGUAACCAGUGGUCUACAUUCAGGAGGGGCAGAAAAGAUGGAGGGAAGGGGCAGUGGAAUAGUCUUCCAAGGCAGAGUAUUGGAGACUAACGAUUUUGGACAGUAGAACUAUAUUUGGAUAAGUGAUUAAAAACAUUUCUGUAAGAGAUGAGCCUGCAGGGGCAAGGGGCUUAGACCAGAUGGCCUUACAGAUUUCUUCCAUCUUUAACUGUUAUUAAUCUGCAACUCUACCCUGAUGUUAACUCCUCAGGAAGAUGCAGUAUUUCCUCAAGGACUGGAAUUCACUCUGGUGCGUAGAGUAUCACAAGACUUACUUGUUUUUAAAGUAUCAUGUAUGCCAUAUGUAAGCCCUGAAAAAGAGGGAAUGUGACACAUUGUGUUUGGGCCAGGGAGCUAGACAAGGGCACAUUUUAUCAUGUAUCUUUGAAUAUGUACAUGAAAUUCAUGCAAGCAAGGCUGAAAAUUUGCACCAGUGUAAUAUUUGAGAUUUGCAUCCCAGUGAUGCUCCACUUUGAUCAUUCUCCUGCAUUUAUAAACAAAAAAGCUACUGAGGAACUUGAAGGGCCAAAGAGCCUUUGAAGUUAACUACAUUAGUUCAUGAGAGAAUUUCUCAGUAAGACUAAACACAGUAUUGUGUGUAUAAAGCACUAAUAUCCAGGGUUAUUUUGACAUAGUUCACAAGGGGUAAGGGAGGAAAGAAUGAAUGCACUGUGUCAUUAUAGGUUCAGAUAUAAGGAUUAUAUAUUUUGUGAGUAGUUUUGCCCACAGUUGAGAGACAUUCGACUUGUUAAUAGGUUUACAAUGGUACCAAAGUAUUUUUUUUUCCUUUUGAGGUUUGCAUAUAAUUCAGUGCACAUAGCCUGGAGUAAAUUAUUCAAAUCUUCUGAAAUCUAAGCAGAACUGUUAACAGGAGAUUGCAUGCAGCAAAUCCAGCCUCAUUUCCAUCCAAGGCGCUGAACCUGCAGCUAUUUUCUCAUCAAUGUAAGUGUCUGCUUCCAUAGCUCCCGUUGCGGGACUGAGGACCUACUUAGUAAGUCUAAUUUUGGAGCAGAAUGCAGCCCAUGCUAAAGUACAGAUCCUCAAGCAGUUUACAGAUUAGCGGUAAGGUUCUUCUGCCCAGAUAGUCUCAGUUUUUACAGACACUGCAGGCCAAAUCAUCAGCUGGUGUAAACUGGUGUGGCUCCAUCAAAGCUCCUGUAAGUGAUGCUAAUUUACAGUAGGUGGGGAUCAGCCACGAAAAUCCAGCACAAGUUAACACAUCUUGUGAAGUAGCUUCUUUAUAUUUGUCAUGUUUAUUUCAUGUUUCAGAAGUCUUAAAUCUUUCCAACAUGUUGUUAUUUUUAGCUGUGGAUUGUAUUACUUAUUUAAAAAACAGCAAUAGUUUUUGUUUAGUUUAUGCAUCAAUUUUCAUCACAUAUUGCAUUUUAUUAGCCGUUCAUUCCCUGUUCAUACACUCCCAUUAAGCCUCCAGGUUUUCAUUGUAGUACAAUCUGCCUUGAAAAGUUGGAUCUCUGUAUCUUUAAUUGUAUAAUAUAUUGAGUAUUAUGAAAUUACAUGUACCUUACUACAUGGGUGGGAGAGAGAGGAAAUUUUUUUACUUGAAGCCUUAAUAUUUUCUUUUUUUACUACUUUGUUUGUUGACCUCAUAGGAAAGUCUGAAUAGCAAAGACUUUGAAACUCUGGGCCAAAUACUGCACUGAUAUACAACCAGGAUUUGGCCCCCUAUGUCAAAACUGGAUGCAGACACAACCUGAAGUGAGCAAGGGAAAAAGCCUCAGGGUGGCAUCUUUCCUGAAGAUCAUUAAUACAGUCUCAAAACGUGUCUGUAAGCAAGUACAUUACAGAAGUCUUCAAGUCUUGAAUUUUUAAGAAAGGUGAUAGCGGGAACUGCCCUAAUAUCUUACAUUUGCAUUUUCUUAUUAAAUUAAACAAAACAAACCAAACGUAAUUGCUUAGUUUGGUUGAAGUCAGCUCCAAGGGUUGCACAGAGCUAUGUGUUAGUAGCCUUGUGCAGCAAAUGAACUGUGUUGUGUUGCUGUUCUAAAAUUGCUAACCAAGCAUAACGUUACGUCAACUUGGCCUAAGAUAAUCACCUCACGGGCGUUAUAAUGGACGUUCCUCAGAUAAUGCCUAUUCUCCUAUAAGCCUAAUGUGGAAAUUGCAAUGUGGUUUUCUUUGGACUAUAUCUGUGGUCCAGACUAGAGAUAUAGAUAUAGAUACAUAUAUAUAUUCAAUAUUUUUUUGUGGGGGGGAAAGAUGGGGUCAAGGUCACUGUCUCUGACAGUCUGGAAAGUUAAUGUCAAACCGUUUUUAUGGUCUGUAUUUCACCUGUUCUGCCACCUUGAAUUGUUGGAAUGUAUCCGUGCAGGCUUUGUGGAGCUCUGUCUGUAACCUUUUUUGUGGCUCUCGUAAUACAUAUAUAUUUUUUAAA